AAAUCUCCCAUCCCAAAUCGCUCCCCAGAUGUAAACGAGAAGCUCCACCAUGCAUUGCCAAGCCGCAGCGACCUCCUUCGCCCCAAAUUUACCAUUCUGCCACCCGGCCGAAUCCCCCUCUCGUCGCUUCAGUAGAUUCCAUUUUCGACGGCCAAACCCCCUUUCUUCUGCAAAUCUUUACCUCCUCCGAUCUCCUUCGUCUCCCCGUCUCGCACACCGUCGACCCGUCCGGUUAUCCUCCGCGGUCGCGUCCAUGGCAGAGACGAAGCCCUUUUCCGUGCUCUUCGUUUGCCUCGGGAACAUCUGCCGUAGCCCCGCCGCGGAGGCUGUGUUCACCGAUAGCGUGCGGAAGCGUGGAGCGGAGUCCAAGUUCAAGAUCGACUCCGCCGGCACCAUCGGUUACCAUGAGGGGGACCCGGCGGAUUCGCGGAUGAGGUCUGCGGCGAAGAGACGGGGGAUCGAGGUCACCUCCAUCUCGAGGCCGUUAAGACCCUCGGAUUUCAGGGAGUUCGAUCUCAUAUUGGCCAUGGACAUGCAAAAUAGAGAGGACAUAAUGAGUGCUUAUGAGAGAUGGAGAUUUAAAGAGCCUCUUCCAGAGGAUGCUCCGAAGAAGGCUCUUUGUACUUUGACAUCCAACCUGCUUCCCUUUCAUGAACAUUGCAUCAACGACCUGGAUAUUGAUGGGCAGAGCAGAAAAUUAUUCCAUUCCGAAAAUUGAAUUUAACUAGCACUGUCUUGGAUGAUAUUGGAGCCAUCACUUUCUUAAUAUCGGUUGUGCAUAUAAGCAGAUGCCAAUCAUGCCAAUGAGCAUCUACUAUGUCAGAAACUUUAGUGCUUUAUCUAAGCUGGAACUAGCAUGAAUAGACGAUGAAGAUUAACUUAGCACAAAGUUAAUUUUCUAUGCCAUGGUUGCUUAAUUAUCUUUGGUGGAAAUGGUUUUGCCUUACCUUGGAUGAAGAGACAUGCAAUCUGUGCACAACCUCAGUAGGACAAACAUUUAAUUUUCUUCAUAGAACAUGUUUGUCUGUUGUCAU